ACAACGGCAAACACAUAAAAAAUUCUUGAAGGUAGCAGAGCUGCAGUCAGUUAUCAAAAUAAAAUGGAGGACUAUGCUCCAAGUCGCUAUAAAAUGCAGGAUAAAAUCGGUGAAGGUGUCCACGGUUGCGUAUUCAAGGCCAUCGAUUUGCAGCGCAACAUGGAGGUGGCAAUCAAAAAGGUGGCACUGAAAAACAAAUUUGGCAAUAUUUCACUAAAUACGCUGCGCGAGAUUAAAACGCUACAACUAUGCAAUUCGGAAUAUAUCUUAAACAUACUUGAGAUAUAUCCCGAUCUGACGGGUCUUUCGCUGGUGCUGGAAUACAUGCCAGAUACUCUCUACAGCCGGCUCAAGAGCGAAAUGAAUCCGUUGAGUCGCCAGCAGGUGCGCAAAUACUCACUGAUGAUGUUUAAGGGCAUGGCCUACCUGCAUGAGGCCGGCAUUAUGCAUAGGGAUAUUAAGCCAGCCAAUUUGUUAAUUAGUCAGACGGAUGUCCUGAAAAUUGCCGACUUUGGUUUGGCGCGUCUCUAUUUUCCCGAUGAGGAGGCGCGGCUGUAUUCACCACAGGUUUCCACGCGCUGGUAUCGUGCUCCGGAAAUCCUCUGGGGCAGUCAAAAAUAUGGAACGGCCGUUGACUUAUGGGCCUGUGGCAAUGUCCUGGCCGAGAUGCUGCGUGGAGUGCCGCUUUUUGCGGGCACCACAGACAUCGAACAACUGGCGAUUAUAAUUCGCACCUUGGGCAGUCCACGCUUGAAUGAAUGGCCUGAACUGACGGCGCUGCCGGAUUACAGUAAAAUUAGAUUUCCCAAUUCCGUUGGCAUACAUUGGGAUAAUUUAUUUCCCAGUUGCACGCAUGCUGUCGAAAUUGAUCUGGUGUCAAAUUUGGUCGUUUACAAUCCGAAGAAUCGUCUUAAAGCCACCGAGGCCGUUGAGCAUAGUUAUUUUAAUUAA